AGCGUCCUGUGUUUCCAGCACGGAGCACAGCGCAGCGGAGACGAGAGAGAGGAGAGCUAGAGCAGCUCCGAGUAGGCCCGCCAUUUCAGUGAAUGCCUUUAGUGCUUUCACUCCGAAGGGUGGCGACUGGCGAAACCAGAGGGGAGGAGAAAGACACAGGGAUUCGGAGAACACCCGCGAUGAGAGAUGAGUCAGCUUGGAGACCUUUAGGAAACAUAUUUACCUGUUUUACUAUGUAGCGAGCAAGUAACACUCAGCAUUUUUCCUAAAUAUAGGAUUCUACGUAUCUAUCUGUGGUCUAGCGAUACGUUGUUUCUCCUUAUAGCUACGGUUCUCACCGCCUCGACGGUCUAUUUGAAAUCGCCACUUAGGCUGCUCAAUGCCAAUUUACCGGCAAACACGUCAGCGGAAAUAUCGUUGUCAAUUUCAUUCCGAAAUUUGAAUAUAUUAUCAGUACACUCGUCUUUGUCUACAAACGCGAAGAUGUCGGGGCAGAGCAUUACGGACAGGAUAACCGCAGCUCAACACAGCGUUACCGGAUCAGCCGUCUCCAAAACAGUAUGCAAGGCGACAACGCACGAAAUUAUGGGGCCCAAGAAAAAACAUUUGGACUACCUGAUCCACUGCACCAAUGAGAUGAAUGUAAACAUCCCCCAGCUGGCCGACUCCCUGUUUGAGCGGACCACCAACACCAGCUGGGUGGUCGUCUUUAAGUCUCUCAUCACCACACAUCACCUCAUGGUCUACGGCAACGAGCGCUUCGUCCAGUACCUUGCCUCAAGGAACACACUAUUCAACCUCAGUAACUUCCUGGAUAAAAGUGGAUUACAAGGGUACGACAUGUCCACCUUCAUCAGGAGGUAUAGUCGCUACCUGAAUGAAAAGGCCGUGUCAUACCGGCAGGUGGCGUUUGACUUCACUAAAGUAAAGCGCGGGGUGGACGGUGUGAUGAGGACGAUGAACACAGAGAAGCUCCUGAAGACGAUCCCCAUCAUUCAGAACCAGAUGGACGCGCUGCUCGACUUUAACGUCAACGCUAAUGAGCUCACUAACGGGGUCAUCAACGCGGCGUUCAUGCUGCUCUUCAAAGACUCCAUCAGACUCUUUGCCGCCUAUAAUGAAGGCAUCAUCAACCUGCUGGAGAAAUACUUUGACAUGAAGAAGGUGCAAUGUAAAGAGGGCCUGGACAUCUACAAGAAGUUCCUGACCAGGAUGACACGCAUCUCAGAGUUCCUCAAGGUGGCCGAGCAGGUGGGGAUUGAUCGAGGGGACAUCCCAGACCUGUCCCAGUUCACGGUGUGUGCUCCCAGCAGCCUCUUGGAUGCCCUGGAGCAGCACCUGGCCUCUCUGGAGGGGAAGAAGGUGAAGGACUCCACAGCGGCCAGCAGGGCCAGCACCCUAUCCAACGCAGUGUCCUCAUUGGCCAACACCGGCAUGUCCUUCACCAAAGCGGACGAGAGGGAGAAGCAGGCUGCACUGGAGGAGGAACAGGCGCGCCUCAAAGCUCUCAAGGAGCAGAGACUGAAGGAGCUGUCCAAGAGGCCGUCGUUUGCCACCACAGACACGUCUCCCGUCGCCACCACCGGGGGCAGCAUCAGCACAGCUCCGGCCAUCGACCUCUUCUCCACGCCCAGCUGCUCCAACGGUGCCCUGAAGAUGGAGAACGACCUCUUUGACCUUCAGACGACCUUCCAGCCCCCGGUGCAGCCCAGCACCAGCAUGGCGUCUGGUUGGGGAGAUCCUUUCUCUUCCUCUGAGGCGGUCGAUGACGCCAUUCCAAACCUUAACCCUUUCCUAACCAAACUUGUUGUUGAGGCGUCUCCCGCCCCCGUAGUCUCCCCUGAGGGAGUUAGUUUGUCCUCUAGGACUGCAGGGCAUGACAUGUUCAGUGAUCAAUACAAUCCCUUUAUUGACCCAAGCUCGUCUCUUUCAACCAAUUACAAACGUACAGUGCGGAUAGAAAGCCUGAUCUCAGACUCUUUCGGCUCGGCCACCAUGCUCCAGCACCUCCCCAACCCAUCCCCCUUCCAGCCUGAGCCCUCUUCUGUAGCUGGCCUCUUUAGAGGGUACUCCAUGCCCCCCGUGAACCAGCCCCAGCCCAAUGCCCCUCUCCAGGUGGACUUUGAGUCGGCGUUUGGCUCCAAAGCAGGCUCCAGUAGCCAGGACUUGGAUGACCUCGCCGGUGGGAUCCUGAAACCCACCAUGGUGGCCACCGCCCAAGGCCUCGUCCCCAACAUGCCAGAGAAGCUCGUAUCUGACGACCUGGAUUCCUCCCUUGCUAACCUGGUCGGCAGUCUAGGGAUUGGAAAUGGCACCACGAAAAAUGAUAUCCACUGGACGCAGCCCGGGGAGAAGAAGCUGACGGGAGGGAUGCACUGGCAACCCAAAGCCGCUCCCACCACCACAUGGAAUCCUGUUUCUAUGCCCCCCUCUGUCAUGGCCUUCCCUGCCACCACCCCCACUGGCAUGAUGGGCUACGGCAUGCCUCCUCAGAUGGGCUCCAUGGCGAUGAUGACCCCGCCCACUAUGAUGUACUCCCAGCCCGUCAUGAGGCCGUCCAACCCGUUUGGCUCCGUAUCCAGUGCACAGCCCUCGGCUGCCUCUAGCCCCUCCAGUCAAAGUCCCCUCCGUGGCCCAGGACAGGACCCCUUUGCACAGCUCUCUCUCAAGGACUUCUUGUAGAGCGUCUCUUAGAUGCAGUUCAUGUAAGCUGAAGGAUGAAGAACUCCUCUGAAGUUGACCCCCCCCACUCCCGCCCCCCCCUCUCUGCCUGGGCCCUGAAGGAGCUGUACUCGUCACACGAUCAAACAUCAGAAAUAAAACACUCCACACCCCCAUCCUGGACGGGAGCUUGUGCACGCCUGCGUGUGUGUUAGUGUGUGUGUGUGCGUGUGCGUGUGUGUGUGUGCGUGUGUGCGUCUACCAGAGGAGGAGGAGGAGCCGGCGGUGGUUUUUGUAAAUGGUCUGAGAUCACACUCUCUGCUGCUGCAUCGCCCCUGGCAACUCUUCAUCCUCAUCCUCAUCCUCAUCCACUUAAGACCCUGUGAAGACAGUCAUGGAUGCCCAGACACUUUGAUAUUAUGUAUAUGGAACUCUAGUUUGAUGUUUUGUUCUAUUUUUGUUUGAUUUUAUUUAGUUUGGGUGUGAACAGGGAGGGGGGGGUGAGGGGGGCACCUCCCUUCUCUCUCUGACGGACAAGUAAGAUGGUUCCCUUGGCAACUGAAGAUGGCACUGAAACGUAGCGCUGGGUCCCCCCAUUAACCCUGUUUAGUUUUGUCUUCUGACUUGUGUUGACAGUAGACAUUUCCUGUGUGCAGUUUCUAUUUAUUUAUGACUCAUGGUUUUAAAUGGGAGAUAUAUUAAAUACCUUUAAACGGAGGGCCCUUGGCGGAUGGGCGCAGGGUUGCAUUAUGGAAGGAUAGAGUUUUAAAAUAGAUUUAUAAAAUCAUACACCUCUUAAGGGAAUGAUAGAGCACUAAAGUUUUGUGUUUAGCUCAAUUCUUUGUAGAUCAGAAACGUCACAACCCUGCAGUAUCAGGGGGAAAUAAGAAAUUAGAAAAAAAGAAAAUCAGUCAGUAACCUCUAUAGUCAAUACUGUGCCUAGGGUUUUUAAAUGGAGUAUUUGAUUGACUAGCAAAACAACACUUUUUUGUGGACAACUCUGGUGCACAGCAGUGAGAACCCAGGGAGCAUCUGAGUGGUCGGAACAGCCCCGAUCUGGUUCCCUGGGGGGCUACAUUGGGGCUGUACGGAUGUAUGGCGCUUAUCUGGCUCCUAUAUAGCCCAGGUCUGGCCCCUACUGUAAGUGGGACUGCUUCAGGCUAUAUAGGCAAAUGACCCUGAUAUGGACCCUGUAGUCCUGAUGUGGCACGGACACAGAGGAUCCGUGCCAUCUCCAGGCUAUAUGUGUGUGUGUGUGUGUGUGUGUGUGUGUGUAUUUUGUGUGUGUGCGUGUGUCUGCUGCUCUCUGGGUGUAACAGUUGUGUUCUGUGUCAAGUGUGCCCAGCCAAGGGUUCUCACAGGCGUGGACAUGGCUGCUGCCUCUCAUCUGAAUGUGAAGAGUUUCCCUGGUCACUGUCGCCGAUGUCUUCUCAGCCCAACUCCCCCGCCCCGACGGCAGCCCGCCACAGGGGGCGCCAUUUCUCCGUCGGCAGCUGCUGGCAGAAGAGAGUCCGUUUACGCUGUAAAUUUGUUGUAAAAAAAAAGAAGAAGAAACUAAACAGAAGAUGACAAGGCGGACAGCUGCUACGGAGUAAUGACAAGCACUGUUGAUCGGUGCUCUGUGUGGGUGGGUGUGUGUGAGUGUGUGUAUGUGCGUGUGUGUGUGUGCGUGUGUCUCUGUGUAUGUGAGCGUGUAAAUAAAAUGGACUGUUCAUUUCACUAGGAGGCAACGGAUGGUUUGAAAGCAAUCCAAUCAGAACUGACUCUACCUGGCUUACAAUUUGACUGAAUAUUUUCUGUGUUGUGUUCACAGAUAAAUAUGUUUUGUUUUAUCUAUUUAAAAGAUAUAUGCAUAAAGUGGUGGACUUCUUUUUCUUCUUUUUCAAAUAAAGUGCAGCUUCCACAAGA